AUGUCUCGUGCUCAACCGCUUCAGCCGCUCAACAACACCCAGCUCAAUAACAGGGGCAAUAUCACCCCCAUUAAGGGCGUUAGACGGUCCAAGGAGAACCAAUUCGACCCUGUGCCUGUCCAUGGAGUGCCCGCCGCGCCUCCAGUGGCAGUGGCUGCCGACAAACCCAAGAAGAAGAAGGAGAAACUCAGUGCUCUCUGCAAGACUCCUCCCUCCAUCGUCAGAACAAGAAACGGAAGAGACUACCGUCGUGGGAACUUCCUAGGCGAGGGAGGGUUUGCCAGGUGCUUCCAAAUGAAGGACGCCUCGGGACAGAUCUUUGCCGCCAAAACCGUGGCCAAAGCGUCCAUCAAGAACGAGAAGACCAAGACGAAGUUGUUGUCGGAAAUCAAGAUCCACAAGUCGUUGAAACACGCCAACAUCGUCAACUUCAUCGACUGCUUCGAGGACGACGUCAACGUGUACAUUCUCUUGGAAAUCUGCCCCAACCAGUCGUUGAUGGAGCUCUUGAAAACCAGAAAAAGGGUGUCCGAACCCGAGGUGAGGUACUUCAUGGUCCAGAUCAUCGGCGCCAUCAAAUACCUCCACUCCAGACGUGUUAUCCACCGUGAUUUGAAGUUGGGAAACAUCUUUUUCGACCCCCAGAUGAACUUGAAAAUUGGUGACUUUGGCUUGGCCUCUGUUUUGCCUUCGCUCGACUCCAGAAAGUACACCAUCUGUGGCACCCCCAACUACAUUGCUCCCGAGGUAUUGGGCGGCAAAAAUACCGGCCACUCGUUCGAGGUGGACAUCUGGGCCAUCGGGAUCAUGAUGUACGCCUUAUUGGUCGGAAAGCCUCCUUUCCAGGCCAAGGAUGUCCAGGUCAUUUACGAGCGCAUCAAGAAGACAGAAUACGCAUUCCCUGCCGAUAAACCCAUCUCGGAAGAAGCCAAGGUGUUGAUCAAGGACUUAUUGAGUUUGAACCCUUUGAACAGACCUACCAUCGACGAAAUCUUGAACUACGAUUGGUUCAAAGGUCCAUUCCCUGACAAGACUUACGAAGAGAGCUUGGUCAGCACACCUCCUGGCUUCGGCAAGAUUUCCAAGACCCAAUCAUCCAUCAACUUCACCAACACCAAGUCUAGUGCCGGUAUUUACACUCCAAAGAACAAAAACCCAGUGGAAAUCUUGAGAUCAGACUUACAAUCAGAACAGCCCAAGAGCUUAUUGCCUCAGAGUUUAUCCCCCAACGAUACGAGAAACAAGUACGAAGAAGUCAACCCCAGUGUUUUGGGCAAAUCCAACAGAAGAGUGAACUUCAACAGCAAUUACUCCACCACUAUUAAGAGAUUAAAUCAAAUAUGCUUCGAAACCUACCAAAACAUGAGAAGAUUGGAAUACUCCAAACACGAGCAGAUAGUAUCAGAAGAAUUACCAAGAUGCGAGAACCCUAUUCUCAUCAGUAAAUGGGUGGACUAUUCCAACAAAUAUGGCUUCUCCUACCAAUUGAAUAACGAUGACAUCGGAGUGUUGUUCAACGACGAAAACACCAUCUUGAAGGUGCACAAUGGUUCGAAGUUCAUGGAGUUGAUUUAUCACGAAAACGAAGGCUGGACAUGCAUUGAGAACUCGAUCCAUCAUCCUCCAUCUCAGGUGAAGAGACAAUUGGAAAUAGUUGAUUUCUUCGCUAAGUACAUGAACAGUAACUUAUCAAAGGUAAGUGAGAAUGAAGACAGAAAGGAGACGGUUUUCUUGAGGAGGUACAGCAGGACUUCCGAUUAUAUUAUGUUUGAAAUGACCAACGGUAACUUCCAAUUCAACUUUAAAGAUCACCAUAAAAUCUGUGUUUCCAAGUCUGGUUUGGCCAUCACUCACAUCAGUCCUAGCAGAAUAAUACAGACCCACCCCUUGAUCUUGGUGUUGAAGGAAGGAAACUUCCCUGUGGAAGAAGUACCCGAAUGCUUGGAGAAAAUCAACGUUAUCAAGGAGGCCAUUAAGAGAAAGGCCUUCAAGGAUAGCAGCGCAUAG